AGAAACUGCCUGCCGGAUUCCCCGGGUCCCGAGGGGGCGACGGCCGUAGCCGCUCCCUCGGUCGGGACAGUCGAGGAAGAUUGGCUUGAACGAAGAGCCAUUGCACCCUUCUCCGGCCUGGGUCCUGAUGCACGAGCAGUCCAGGGAGGCCGAAGGCAGAGUUAUGAAGAGUUGGCUCUAAAAUGAAAAGGUCCCGCCUCGGAGUUAGGCAGAGCUCUGCUGGAGCAGCAGCAGCAGCAGCCCGGCCCUCUCUUGGCAAGGCAAGGCAAGGCACGGCCGCUGCCUCUGCUUUUCUCCUCCUUUUCUCCUCCCCUCCCCAUUCUCUCUCCAACGCGUCCUUUGGGCGCCCCCUUCGUUGUGCGGAAGGGAGAGGAAAAGAGGCAGAGCCACCUUCAACCCAGAGGGUGCAGGAGGCGGCGGGCAGAAUCCGAAGAGCGCCCUGCAAUGGAAGAGGGAGAGGGUAUCUCCCUCACCAAUGAUCCAAUUUGAUCAUUCAAGUUUACAACAUUCUUUUUGCUUCUAAAUAGCAUCUGAAACUCAAAGCAGCAAAUUAAGAUGAAGUACUCAAGAGAAAACUACUCCUUUUUUUCAAAUUGACUGAAAUUCUAUAAUUCUACCUCUGACAUUUAUUUGGACUAAGAGAAGAGGGGCAGUCUUUCAUCAGAACACUACUCUGGAUGUGAAUAUAGCUUUUCAACAUUUGAUUAACCAACACAUCGUAAUCAGUGUGCAUUAAUCCAGCUAUCACAUUAUACCUGAUGUAUUAAUUUAGCCCUGUAUAACUGUGCAGUCUUGACAAUGUAUUGCUUUUACAAAGUUUCAGAUUAUUUUCAUAAUUAAAGGAAUCACUCUGGAACUUACACAUAUAAAAUUAUUAAAUAUCAGAGCAGGCUGUUUGAAGAAGAAAUAAUGGGAUUAUUAUCUUAGCUCAUAGUGCAUCCAAUUAAAAGUCACAUUAUGGCGGCAACGUAUAGGCGUGUAGUAACCACAGCAAAUUGUUACAGCAGUGUUGUGAUAGAUCGGAGACUCCAGCAAGCUGUUCAUUACUGCACUGGGGCAUGUCAGGUAUUCAAGCAAGGUGUUAUGUGCAUAGUGGCCCAUCACAGUGUUUGUGCAGAGCUAGUGAAAGUUCCUACUCCAGACCUCAGAAGUUCAGAUCUGACCCGUAGGUUUUCAAUGCCUGAAAAUUCCCUUUCCCUAGCUGGGGAUGACGAUUAUCACCAAAUUCACCAAAAUCCAAGAUUAAAAAAGGGGUCUUCAGUUCAAAGUAUUGGAAGCCUGAAGAACAUCACCGGAGAAGCUAUAAAUCUUGCUAGUGGAAAAAUAAAAGAAUUCUCAUUUGAAAAGUUAAGAAGUUCUUCCAAUCACGUGACCCACAGAAAGGGAAGAAAAGUUAAAUCUGAUGCAUUCAACAGAAAAUCACUGGAUAUUGACUUGAUCUAUGGACAUUUCAGCAAUGAUGAAAAUUCCCCCCCUCCCUUUGGCCUGUCACAGACGUCCUCACCUGAUGAGAAAUGGCAAGUCAGCAGGACCUCACCAGAGGGAAAUGUGAAUUCUACUUUCCCUGUGCCUUCACAAACGUUCUCUGAGGAUAGCUUUAUCACACAGAUCUUGGAAAAGCACAAGCUGGAUGGUUCUUCCAGUGGAGAUAUUAAGAUGUGCUUGGACAUCUUGCUGAAAUGCUCAGAAGACUUGAAGAAGUGCACUGAUAUAAUAAAGCAAUGCAUCAAGAAGAAAUCUUCAGGUAGCGUCAGUGGAGGAAACAGUUCUGAUUCCUUAAUCAACUCUGAAAUUAUCUAUAUGAACUUAAUGACAAGAUUUUCUUCUUAUCUUAAAAAACUUCCUUUUGAACUUAGACAGCCUGGAAACACUGAGCAUGGUGACAUGGUAGAACUGAUUAACAGUUUAUCUGCUUUGCAGCAGGCUCAUUUCCCCCUGGUAUUUGGCAAUGAACAACCACCUAGAUAUGAGGAUGUUGUACGAUCUCCAUCCUCCAUAACAAGGCAGUCUCUCACUAUGGACUUGCAAGGAGGCCAGAACACCACUGAUACAAUUGGCUUAUUGAAACCUACCCUCAAUGUAGAUUUUUCCUCCACUGAUUUGCAUGGCAACAACCAACAGGAUAACAUAGGAUCUAAAAAUGAGGCUUGUUCACUUACUCAGUUACUAUCUGUAAACCCCUCAAGCUGCAUAUCUUCCAUGGAAACUCUGUACAUUGUGGAAGAAUCAGACAGGGAAAAAGAGUUAGGCUCUGUUUCAAAUGCUAAGAGUGGAGGAAGUUGGAAGAAUUCAGAGAACAGUCAGCAGAGAGCUGAAAGAGAUGCCCCUGCUGUGGAUUCCAGUAAAAAGUUUCCUAUUGUAGGGCAGUCUGUAACACUCACCCAAAUUUCCACCCAAGCAUCCUCUGUCAAUAGCCUUGUUGCUACUGCUCAGAUAUCUAAAGAAGAAUAUAGAAAGAACAACCAAGAAGAGAUAGACAAACUUCUGCAGGACUUGGAGCACUUUUCACAGAAAAUGGAAACUACUCUGGGACGAACUUCCAGUAAGGAUACGGAUUCUGCACAUUUGAGGAACAUUGGUCUGUCACAGGCUCCUGAAAACAACAGUAAAGCCUGCUCACUCAUAGACAAAAGCGCUUCUCCCUCUUUAUCAAAACUCAUCGAAACCAGUGGUCAUAAAAUGGAGGAAGACGACAGGAACCUUUUAUUGCGUAUCCUGGAAAGUAUUGAAGACUUUGCCCAGGAACUAGUAGAAUUUCGAAUGGGCAAGGGAAGCUUAUCAAAAGAGAAGGAAGUGAUGUACAUUCUUCAGGAAACUCUGGCAACAUCCUCUGUUACAGCUGCCCAGCAGAGCCACCCGGCUGCAGUAGCCAAAGAACCUACUGCAGCUCUAAUUCAACAGACACCAGAGGUUAUCAAGGUCCAAAGUAAACAAGAGAAAAAACCUGUGACUCCAUCCCCUGCUCCUGCAAAUUUAACCAUCAACCCACCGUCUCUUCUGCCCACAAAUAAAGACGUUGGUGCCCCUUUGUCCAUAAACAUUCCACAUUUCUACUUCCCCAAUGGACUCCCUAAUGUCUGCAGCAAUCAGGAGGAGACCAUUGCCAAGAUUGAGGCAGCUUUUUCAGAGUUUGAAGAAGAAAGAGCCACCAUUAAUGAAAUGGGGAAAAUUGCAAAGAUAUGCUGCUGUCCUCUGUACUGGAAAGCUCCCAUGUUCAUUGCUUCAGGAGGAGAAAGAACAGGAUUUGUAUCUGUACAUUCAUUUGUGGCUAUGUGGAGAAAGAUAGUACAAAACUGCCACAGUGAUGCCUCCAAGUUCAUUUGUCUUCUAGCAAAACCCAACUGUAACUUUUUGGAACAGGAAGAUUUCAUCCCAUUACUACAGGAUGUAGUAGAAACUCACCCUGGCUUGACAUUUCUAAAGGAUGCUCCAGAAUUCCAUUCCCGCUACAUUACUACGGUUAUUCAAAGAAUAUUUUACACAGUCAAUAGAUCCUGGUCUGGGAAAAUCUCUCUAACAGAGUUAAGGAAAAGUAACUUCCUGCAAACCCUGGCCCUCUUAGAGGAAGAGGAAGACAUAAAUCAGAUCACUGAUUAUUUUUCCUAUGAACAUUUCUAUGUAAUUUACUGUAAAUUCUGGGAACUGGACACUGACCAUGACCUCUACAUCAACCAGAAAGAUUUGGCUAGAUAUAAUGAUCAAGCUCUGUCAAGCAGAAUUAUAGAGAGAAUAUUCACUGGAGCUGUGCUUAGAGGAAAUCAAGUACACAAAGAUAAUCAGAUGAGCUAUGCAGAUUUUGUGUGGCUUUUGAUUUCUGAAGAAGACAAAAGAAGUCCCACAAGUAUUGAAUACUGGUUCAGAUGCAUGGAUUUGGAUGGAGAUGGUAUGCUGUCUAUGUAUGAACUGGAGUAUUUUUAUGAGGAACAGUGUGAGAGGAUGGAAUCCAUGGGCAUUGAGCCAUUGCCAUUCCAUGAUUUACUGUGCCAGAUGCUUGAUCUAGUAAAGCCAGAAUGUGAUGGUAGAGUUACUCUACGGGACUUGAAGAGAUGCAGAAUGGCUCAUGUUUUUUACAACACUUUCUUCAACCUUGAGAAGUACCUAGACAAUGAACAAAGGGAUCCCUUUGCUGUGCAAAAGGAUGUUGAGAAUGAUGGCCCCGAGCCUUCUGACUGGGAUAGAUAUGCUGCUGAGGAGUACGAAAUUCUUGUUGCUGAAGAGUCUGGAAAUGAACACUUACAAGGAUCCUUUGAUGAUGACUAUGAAGCAGAUGAACUCUUAUCUCUACCGGAAAUUGGAGAAAAGUUGGACAAAUUAACUAUCUCAGAUCUUUCAACAUAAAAAUACUAAAUACUGAUAGAUCACUAGGGUCUGUUAGUAUUAAUUGACAGAGUCCUCAGUAGUUACAUUCAGGAUUUUUUUUCUCAAAGCAACAACCAACAUUUGAUACAAUAACACUGUUUUUAAUUAAUGGCGUGCUUCUGCAUUAUGGUAAUUUCCAAAAACAUGGUGGUUAAGUGUGACAGUGUUUUAUAAACUGCAAAGAAACCAGAUGGGCUGUACCCCACAAAGUAGUACUGAAUUGAAAGGGGUGUGUUAGCCAUGGGUGCAGGAAAACAAAGAAUUAAAAAUAAGUUCAAUAUAUUCAUUUUCCCACACUGUAGAUUUUAUUCCCAUUUUUAUAUUUGGAAAAUGUACCUUCAGUUUCCUUUUUAUUACAUAGUUAUGUGGUAAAUCAGAAAUUUUAAUGCAUAUAAAAACCAUGUGUUUUUAUAUAUAUUUCUAUGUGGUUUUAUAUGUAUUUCCAGCAGUAUUUCCACAUUAGCACUCUAUAAGCAUGGUUAGAUAAACCAUCACAGAAUGGUACUCAAACAAAUGACAUUGAGUUCAGUUAAAUCCCAUUUCAAUUACUUAACUUUUAAAGAGUUUUUUUCCCUAGAGAAAGAUCUCCAUAUGUUAUUCACUGUUGCUUUUCAUGGUGGGAGCUUUCCUUUCACUUGGGCUUUUCUGCCCAAUCCAAAAUGGGAGCCUCUAGUAUUCUCAGUGAAGAUGAAACUGCUGCCGUUCUCUUUAGAAAGGCAACAGCACCAUAUCGUGUCCCAAGCAGGUCCCACAAGGGAAUGUCCCCAGAUCCAGCAAGGGAAUCUUUCCAGAUACUGCUGCAAACUAUGGCACAGCCAUUUCUUAUUGUUCACCUUUUUUUUAAUUGGCAAAAGGCUGGAUGGUUAUUCCAGUGUUGCAAAUGUGUGCAGUCAUUCUAACUCCCCCCCCCCCCCAAAAGCUCAUAGAACAGGAAAAUGGGCUAGAUCUGCUCAGAAGAUUGCAGUAAAAUUAUUCUUGCAAGUGAUUUCCCCCUUUUUACAAUCUGGUAGUGCUAAAUCAGUGUCUCCAAUUGUACAGCAGAAUUACAGUACCUAAGACACUGCACAUACAUUUUGAAAAUAGCACAGUUAUUGGGAAGGGGAGAGUUCCAAUUAUGCAGUAUGAUUCACAUGUAAGCAACAUCCCACACAUUCAUUUGAACAACAGCAUUCCACAUAAUGACCACAAAACUAAGGUACAAUUUCCUAAGAGAAGAAGCAAACUUUUCCAGUGAUGACACAUUGCAAUUUGAUUAAUAGGGAAAUGUGCCAUCUCCACAACAAAGCACAAUGUUGAGGAAACAUAUGUGGACUGUGGCUACAAAUGUGAUCCAAUUGUGUAUUUAUUAUGUACAAGCAAAUGGUUGUAUGGAAAAGCCUUCUCAUAUAGGGCUGCUUCUUAACGGAUAACUGUUACAAAGGCAUCUGUCACUCCACUGCUGAAUACUUAAUACUAGUGUGCAUGAUCUAAAUGCUGUACUCACAGCAUGUAGUGCAUCAUCGUGUUCUGGUGUCUCUACUGGUAUGCUGCGCUCCAUCUUUAGCACUUAUGCACUGGCAAAGUAGUUGUUAAGACUAGAUGAUGAAGUGCUUUCCUUUGAAAGCCCUUGAGACUUGUAUUGCAGUUUUCAAAGCUCUGUUUCAGUUCAGGCUCCUUUAAUAGAAUUGCAGUUUGUCCAGGAUGAAAAGCAAUCAAAUGCAAAGUUACCCCAGUCCAUACGUACUAAUUUCAGACUGGAGCAAUUUAGUAUUCGAUUCCACUGUAACCUUAGUCUAGCUUGCUUUGGGAAGCAUCAGCCCCAUCUCUCACAGAAUUGUCAAAAGCACACUACAGAAAUCUAUUGUUUCCACUUUGUUUUUAUCUAAAUUAAAACUUAACAAUACUAGCUUGCCCAAAUUAACUUGUCCUGUCCAGGGCUUAAUUUGUGCCAGGGUUUAGUUCCAGAACUUAUUUUCAGUGCCAAGACUUAACUAAACAUAGCUGAUGAAACAAUAAGGAGAAAUGUAUCUGAGUCGUUGCCAGCUGUCUUUCCCACACAAAGUACAUCCAAGCAAAUCCCUGUACUAGAAGAAAGGGUUUCUGGCAGAGGCAGUGACUUCUAGGCAAGUUUACUCCUCAGUAUCUUUCCUUAGAAAUAAAAUACUGCCUUCUUGUGAUGUUCUCUUUACUUAUAGUUAAAUUCAAGUUGGCAAGUGCACUUUAUAAAAUUAUUUGCCUCUAAUAGUUGCAUUAAAAUGUUAUAUACAUUUUAAAAAGAAUUAACAAACUGUAAUGGACUUGAAAGCAGAAAAAUCUUGCAGGUUUAAAAAUAAUUCCAGUUGUAUUUAAUUCCAGGGAAGGAAUGACAAAUGCAAGUGUUCUAGAAUCAAAUGACAAUGUGUGUUUGCUGCAACCGAAACAAUUUUUCCUAUAAGUGUAUAUUAGGAAAAAUAUUUAAGCAUUGCCAUCUCCAUCUAAGGGCUGGCAGAUAUAAGUGAAAGAAUCAGAGGCUAAAAUCAACUGCCUACCACAGAGAUGUAACGUGUAAUGGAUUUUAUAUAACUGUAAAGUGGAACAGUCUAGGAUAUAAUACCAUGAUCAAUAAUAGUGGUAUGAAAUCUUUAAAAAGUUGUUACUGAUAUUUAACAAAAAGUGCUUUAGUUCAUAUGAUACCCUUUUACCAUUUAAAAAUACUUUAUUCAUGUGAAUUGCCUGCAUUUCUGUGACCUUCCUCAAAGGAACUUAUAUGCAUUUGUGAUUUUACAAGUCAUGGGCUUCCAUAGCAUAUGCCUGAGCUGUUAGAAAAAAUAUUGUCAUGUCAUCAUUUUGUCACUACAUUGGUUUUUGUUAGAACAUCUGUGCCAGUUUUACAGUUCUCUACCAACGAUCUUGUAGAUGUUAUUGCGAAAACGGAUUCCACCAAUUUAUCAGUGAUGCACUGUGUAUGUAAAGUGCUCUCUAUUAACAGCUGACUUAUGAUGACCUUAUAGAGCAAGAGACUAACAUAAAUUGUUUGCUAUUGCCUUCCUUUGUUUAGUGCCCCUGGAAUUCCUUGGUGGUCUUCUUCCAAAUACUAAUCUGGGCCUGGGCCAACCCUGUUUAGCUUCCAAGAUCUGAUGAGACUGAUCUAGCCCGUGCCAUCUGGGUUUGGACAAUGGGGUCUUAGUUGGCAUUAUUGAAUGCUGGCCUGUUUAUUAUAGAACUGGCAAGUUGAUGGAAUACAUCAUAAGAUAUAUUUUUAAUGACACUAACCAUGUAUUUUGUGAACCAAAUCCUAUUUCAUCAGGUACAACAGUACACUAUAGUUUUUGUUGCAACCAACUGGCAUUUAAUAAUCCAAUCAGGUUAUCACUUAUAUGUACACUGUAUCUGGCUAGGAAAAUGCAAUGGCAAGUUACUUGUAUGUGACUUUAUAUUCAAAACACAGAGAAAAUAGGAUGAAUUUUUUGUAUUGUAAAAAUGCCUACAUGAGGUAUUUUAGCUGCACUUGAACUCAAUUGGAGCCAUAAUUCGGGGUUGGACUUGAUGGCCCAUGUGGUCUCUUCCAACUCUAUGAUUCUGUGAUUUGUAAUUCCUACAUUUUAUUUCUAGUCCUGUAGUGCACCUACUAUUAGUACAACGUGAUCAACUUAUUUUUGCAAAAUACAUUUUUAACUUUAGAUAAUCUGUAAAGAUGUUUUAACCACAUUUCGAAAAUUUAAUUUUUAUCUGCUCGCAAUACUGUGUAUCAGUUUUAUUGUUUGAAGAGUAAAAAUAAUAUCACCUACCUCAUAAGAAAGGGGGUUAAGAUAAUACAAGUAAUAUUGUAAAAUUCCUUUCAAUAUAGGGCUCAAGCAAUACUUUAAGCAUAAUGCAUGUCCUUUUGUUCCUGUUUGGGACAAAAUCUGUCUUCCAAUGAGUAAAGUAGGAUGAAAGAGGGACAUCGCUAGGUAAAAAAAUAUAACUGCUAUCUAAUAUGUACCCAGUAUUGUUUUUGACAACAUAAUGAUCCACAGUAGGUUGAUUUGGACUGCCACUAAGAGGCAGUAUUGUGCAAAAGACAAAACAGCUGGGUUGAAUUCCAAACAGUAUCAGGUUUAUAGAUAACAGUACAUUUUUAUAGAAUUUGACAGAACAUAACUGUCUGGAAUAAACAUCAAAGCUAUUCCAAGAGAGCUCCAAGAGCAUCUUGUGUUUUAGCUGAAAAUAUAGAACCUUGCAAGACCAAAAAGGCCACACACAAUGCUGAAAUGGUUCUCAGAAAAUAUUUUAAGUCACAGCAAGUCUAUGCAAAAAUGAGUUGAUAAAGAGCACAAGAGACUAUAAAAACUAAACGAUUUGGAGCAAUGCUUGUAAUUAAAGUUUACUUAUGUAUUUUAACUUGGUUUGUUAUAUUAUGUAUUAAGGUUUGAAGGAAUUCUGAGAUGUACAAAAUAUGACUGAAACAGUUAUUCAGUGAUUACUUGUGCAGGGCAUGGCUUUGCCUUUGCUAUUUUACUUUGUAUUUCUCUUUUUUUGGCAAUUAAAUUUUUUUCAAAGUG